AUGCUAUCUUGCAUGACCCUAGGCUACAUGUCCUGUUUGCUGCUCUCCUAUAUGAUACUCUUAUCUUGGGUGCAAGGUGAAGAUACCCAGAAGGAAACUUCCUCUCCACAUAUCAGCCAUCCCAUGGGCUCCCAGGCCUUUCACUCCCAUUGCUAUGCCUUGUUAAUGACACCGAAAUCCUGGUUUAAUGCAGAUUUGGCCUGCCAGAAGUGGCUCUCUGGAUACCUGGUGUCUGUGCUCAGUGGAGCUGAGGCUUCCUUCCUGUCAUCCCUGGUGAACAGCAGAGUGAACAACUACCAGUAUGUUUGGAUUGGGCUCCAUGAUCCCACACUGAAUCAAGAACCUAAUGGAGCUGGAUGGGAAAGGAGUAACUCUGAUAUGCUGAAUUACUUUAACUGGGAUGGGAAUUCUUCCUCUGCCUUAGGUCACUGUGGAAGUCUGAUAAAAACUUCAGGAGUUUUGAAAUGGAAAGAUUGCUACUGUGACAUGGAGCUCCCCUAUGUCUGCAAGUUCAAGUUCUAG